UCCCCGGGGACGUGUGCUACUGAAGCAGCUGUCAGCGAGGGAGCUGCUCCUCCUGACGGGACUUGUCCUGAAGGUGAGACCACAGGCCCCCCUUACAAAUGUAGAUUCUGCACCCAGUCCUACGCAUUCUUGUACAGUCUCCAGCGCCAUCACACCCAAGUUCAUCUUGGUGAGUAUCGUUUCAACUGUGGCUAUUGCGAAUUCAAAUCCAACGAGCGAUGUGCAUUCGACGAACACUUGGCCCGACAUUUUGGUCUCAAGCAGUUCGUUUGCGAAUUCUGCGGUGCUGGUUUUACCGUCAGUCGCGAGCUGCGGGACCACUUGGCCUUCAGACACAGCUCUGAGCGCAAAUUCCAAUGCCCAAUGUGUGAAAGGACGUUUAAGACUGCCGGUACCUUGUCUCGACACAAAAAGAUCCACGGAAACAGGGUGCUUCACGAGUGCGGUAUGUGCGAACAGAAAUUCACUCGCAUUUCCAAUUUAAAACGCCACUUUCAGCGCAGCCACCAACCCAAGAAUACCGUGACCCCUGCAGAUUCAUCCAAAAAACGUGGCGUGAGGGCACAAAAAUCUACCAUGGAACAGCAUGCAACUAAAGCAUCGACUUACCAUCCUUUGACGGAAACCCAACUGCCGAGGAUGGAGUCAGCUUCAGAUUCCGUGAUCCCGGACGAGAACACAGGGUCUGAGCUGCUAGCUCCCGUAAGCUACUCAGUUGGGACACAUAUUAACUCGACGUUGGGCCGUGAACCGGGCUGUAAUCCAAGAUCAGCGGAUACUGCAUUCGCUGGCACAUUGCCGGCUGUCAGUACUGUCUUUAUGCCAUACUUAUCUUCACAACACCAGCCACAGGCUUCCUCAGUUCACCGGUCAAUGCGCCAUACAGCUGACAGUCCACAACCUCCUGAUUCCAGCUCUUCCUAUCAAACAGUGAUGUUUACCUCGCUGAUUCCUCUUCAAAUGCCAACCUCUCUCUUGUCACCCAGUGUACAACCCCCUGCUGAUUCCGCCGAAACUAUGCCUUGGUCCUGUCCCACCCAAAACAUUGAAUCAAGUGUUUGCUAUCUCCUAAAUCCAGCUACCACUUCGACUAACACGACUACAGCCAGCGGCACACACCUUGUAGCUUCGACACAACAGGAUAUGCCUUGUGUUACGAGCACUUCAGGAGAGCUGAACAUAAUUAACCUGACUGGAGAAGACCACCGCUCAACCUCCAGUUCAGAUCUUUGCAAUGCGUUUGAAGCUUCGCACCACGAUGGUCAAGAUGCUCUCUAUAGCUGCUCCUCAUACCAGCCGGAGCUCACCUUGCACUCAAGAAUCGAUACCACUCCAGUUCCGAAUCCGAUUGAGUCAAUCAAUUUGGAUCAUAUAUGGCGACCUGUUGAGUGCGACUUGCGUUCGGUUCAAAACCCACCUAACACCAACUCCGUUCUUACUAACAGCAACCUCUCGCUUCCUCUUCUUUCGCCUUUUUGUUCCGAAACUGACAGCCGACCAGAUGCUGUGGAUAGCCACGAAUUAGUGAACCCCGGUGAGAAGGUGUUGGAACACUGCUCUCCAAGGUUUCCUUCACCUGUGUCUUGUACACUUUCUCCUCAGAUUAACGUUUAUGCAAACUCUCCCCUUCAUCAACCGAACUUUUCCACGUACGAAACGGCACCUUUUUUAUCUACUCAUGCCCCUUCACAGUCUUCGCUUCCAUCUCCGUCUCACACGCACAUCGGUGAACGUGAAGCUUUAACGAAUCCGUCGUUUGAAAACCAGAAUAACUUGCCUAUGCAUUUACUUGUUUGCGACUCAAGCACCACACACACUCACUUCCUACCACCGAUUUGGAGUUGUGCGCCCCAUCUGGAUUCCCUUCAACCCUAUUCGACUACUGUGAUAUCCCCCAACGAACAUCAUCCCGGUUCCACUAUUGAUCCGCAAUGUUCGAAUUUUUCAGUCGGCUAUUUGAUUGGUCAGAACCAGUCGUAUGAGCCCAUGAAAUCAGACCAGUCGGAAGACUGUACACUUCCGACAAGUUCUUCCUCAAGUGGCCAUUACUUUGGCUACAAUCAAUCCGUGUCAUGAACGGACAUUGUGUACGCUUCCACAAGCUGCUUGAAUCUUCUGCUUUUUUCGUGACAUGCAGUGCUCAGCGAAUUGAAUAUACGAAAUGGAGGACAGCUCGGUAGAUCUGUACAUUCGGGGAUUCUGCUUCAAAUUUUCUUGUUCAGUCACUCAUUCAUCCUACCUAUUUGUUUUCAGUUUUGUAUACCAUCCAAGACUUGAGGCUACCCAGUAGACAUACUAUAAUGAAUACGCUUUCUUCUGUAUAUGUUUUUAAUCUCCCCAAAAAUGCAUCGGGUAUUUGGCCUGUAAACUUUCGA